AUGGAUUACGGUAGAGAGGAGAAAUUUUGGAGACUAUUUCAGGCUGAAAUCUGGCGUGUUUUGGCGCUAGGAAAGGAUAAACAGCAGUGGGACGCGCUAAAGAAGAAAAUGGCAAGUGAGGGUCAGUAUCGGGUCUUGAAGGUCAUGCAAGCAGUGGAGCCGCAAAUGGCAGACGUGGGAUUUGGAAUGCGGUACUUCUGGCUUACUUCGGUUGUUAACGGACGCAAAUAUCCGCCUCUCGCACCCGAAAUGGGUGGUAGUGCGCGCUGGAACCAGCGCGUUCUAUCAGAACAGUACAGGGCGCCGUUGGAAAUACACAGCGCACACGAGGCGCCUUGCAACGACAUCGUCCAGAAUCCGGCCAUCAAUGACUGCUCAUUCGUAGCCAGUCUUAUAAACAUCAAAAACAAGGUGCCAGCGAGUCUGAGGAUCAUGAGCCCUAUGCCUUCGCUCUACAAUCUCAAUUUGCAUUUUAACGGAGCUUCAAACCGGCUUGUUCAAGUCGAUCUAGCUGAACUGCGAAAUCGCCCCAGCGUCAUCUCAAAUGACCCCCUGGAUGCGAUUUUCGAAAACGCCUAUUUACAGGUGAAGAACGAUUCUAGCUUCAAUUACUGCGGCUCCAAUACCGCGGUAGAUACGUUUUUACUUAAUGGAUUCAUUCCUGAAAUCUGCAAGAGCGACAAGAGUACCUUUUCCAAGAUUUGUAAGCUGUUUCGAAGCUCGGCAUGUCUCAUUUCAAUUGGAACCGGAGCGUCAGUCACAGAUCCCCAAUUUCUGAUAAACCAUGACUAUCCAGUGAUGGAUCUCACCGAAGAUAAUCUCUUGGUCAUUAGGGAUCCACUGAAUUCCCAGAAAGUGUGGAAUUUACAAGAACGUGCUUUCUUUGAAAACUUUCAGGUAGCUUAUCUCAAUUGGAACCCGGCUUUAUUGUUUGCCAAACACCAGGUGCAGCAUUUCAAAUACGAUAUUACUAAAAGCAACACCUCUUCAAGUCCCAUUGACAAACCUGUUUUCGAAAUUCAGAAUAACUCGGACAAGCCUGAGCCCGCUUGGAUUCUUUUAGAAAGACACAUAAACACUUCUGCCAUAGAAAGCGACAAGUGCUACGUGGACGAAACCUCGUAUGAUCUUUUACCUGGGUACAGUGGCAAUGGCAGUAAUAUGGGAUUUCAUUUGCUAAAAUUGAAUUUGCAACCUCAGGAGCAUAAACUCGUGGUCUGCCACUCUGACAUAUCUGCAAACUACAGUCUUCACUUUCAUCAUGUUUCCAAUCUAAUACAGGUCCAUAAGUUCGACAAAUGCAAGGUUUUGGUAUCAGUUCAAGACGAAUGGAAUGCGACAGAUGACUGUGGCCCGUUUUCUAAUUCAUGUUAUUAUAUGAACCCAACGUUUGAGCUCAUUGUGCGUAGCACCGAACAAACGACGCAUUAUGUCAACAUACAACUGAUUAGUUCAGGAUGUGCCUUGGUCAACGCACAAGUGUUUUAUUUGGAUGACCGUGAACUCGCGCGUCCAAUUUUAUUUGACAGUCGUUAUGAAGAGAAAAUUCAUUGCCGAAGGGCCAUACCCCUGGCUACUAAUACUAGCUACCAAAUUGUAUGCUCUUCGUAUAAAAAGGACAACAAUAGCACAUUCCAACUAACUGUCAUCAAUUCAUCGCGGCCCCAAGCUUUACACUUAAAACGCAUCUACCCACAAUUUGGCCCAUACAAAUAUCGCGAAAGGCGCGACUUCAAAUGGAGCCCCAAUUCAAACCGCAAAAAGUUUACUCUGUCAUCCAACUUUACAACAGCAUUUCAAUUGCGUAUCCUUCGACUUCAGUUCAGUCCUGCACUUUCUAUCAGAGUUAACGUUUUCACAACUGACACCAAACAAUCAGUGGUAGAGAAUAAGUGUUUUUCAACAGCCCCAAGACAUGGACUUGUUAUAAGUGACGCUUUUAUCAGCUCUCGUCAGUCACUCACCCUGCUAAUCGAAAAAGACGGGCCAUCACAAAUGCUUGAUGAGACGCUGAUGCGAUUGGAAGUAGGAUCGGAAUUUCAAAUCGCUAUUGACGAAUUGUAG